GCUGGUCCGCCUCCAAAUUUGUCUGUGUUGCAGGGUGAUUAUAGGCCAACACCUGGGUUUUCCAGUGCUUACAACACUAAUCAGACAGAAUCGCACAAUGCGCAGCAGAGCAACAUGAGCACCUCGCCAAUGGAAGGUUCGCCGAUGAAUAUUGAAAUACUGAAAGAUGGUAGAAAGUGGAAGGAGGCUGACCUGAACAAAUUUGGAAUACAUUAUGAUACAGGACCUAUCUCCCCAUAUUCCAUUUUUCUCAAAGUCCAGAAUUGUGGACAUGCUCCGUCACUAUUAGGGUCGAAGCGUUCAAGUUUUUUGUUACAGUAUGCCAAGCAUGUAGAGAAAUUGCAAGCAACUUUUGAUGAAAUAUUCAUUUUGAACCAGAAUUCUUUUGAGUUACUGGAAGUUCGGUCACUCAUGAAUGGGUAUCGUCGUACUCCGUUGACCGCCACUGGCACCAGGCACAGGUCCUCAGAGGAGCAGGACCUAGGGGCUGGCCCAGCAUGCCAAGCAGCAGACGCUGAUGACAAUGAAAUGGCUGAGCCUGAAGCUGCCGUGGACGAGGUGAAAUGUGUGGAUCAGGAUACCGCCACAGGUUCAGGUAUGGAAGCACUUGACUAUCGAGAGGAAGACAAGACAUGCAAGAGGAACAAAGCUAGAUACAUCGGCAGGAAAAUUAUGAACGAAAUCAUCAGAGCCCAAAGAAGUGCAAGCCACAGCCAGACUGAAUAUAUUGAUAUGGACUUCAGUGAAUCACGGCUGAAUGUCAUGCGUGCCUUACAGCGGGUGGAUGACUUCCUUGAUUCUCUCAUAUCUCUCUUAGCGAAUGCUCUCAGCCUUGACCCAGGAGAAAUGAAUGAAAAUUCAUUUGUUGACCUCUUCCAAGAAUUUGCUAAAAUUUUCUGUGUCAAAUUUAGAUCUUGUGGAGUGAAAAGAUUUCUAAAACUUGGGCAAUCAACUAUUUUCUCCAGGAAUGACUUGCGCUUUGACUUCGCUCCAGCUGACAACAUGGUUGACAACUUAGACAUAGUAAAACAAGUGGUUGUAACUGUGGCAGAGGUGAAGCAAAAUGUCAAGAAAAGAGACACUAGUUCUACACCACCCAAGAAAAAACUGCGAUCUACAGAUACGCUACCAGCAAGCCAGCCAAUCACUAGUGAUUAUGAAAAAUAUGAGAGUGAUGUUGGAUCUCCAGAUUGUCUGGAAUUUCCUCCUUGUUUACGUGGACAGCACGGUAUUGAGCUCUUAGCAGACGUUGAAAAUUCCUGUUUGGAGCCUACACUCACGAAUUCAAUGAUCCUUGGCAUGACUGUUGAAGCUACAUUUGUGAGGCUGACCUGUCUUGAUAUAGAGCUCAACGCUUUCAAGAAAAUUCAGGAACAAGAACCACAAAAUGCUGUUAAAAGAAUAGGAACCAUAUAUUACACCAAAGCAUUUGACAUGUUGAUGAGGGAUGGUCGAAAGAAUUUGAUUUUUAUCAUGAGAUAUUUGCUUCUCCUGUCGAAGAAUCAUUCAGCUAAAUGGUUACCCAGGGAUUAGAAAAGCAAAGCCAUACAUUGUAGGUGUUCUAUACAUCUUCAGCUUGAUGUGCGAUGGGAACAUUUGAAGCAGAGGUAGGCGUUGGUGUGCCAGAAGGAGCGUGGUCAGUCAUGGCUGUGGUGGUGGACAUAGUAGUUGAGGUUGUGACAGCAGUGGAGGUGGACGCGGAGGUUGAGAUGGAGACAGCAGCAACGGACUCAUUAUUGUUGGCAGGCUUGGCAGGCUCGUUGGCUACAUCAAGAUCAGUUACACUUGAUGAUUGACUCAGGGUGAGGUCGUCAUUGUCGUCAUCGGACUCUGAGAAUGGGCGGAACGUGGCAGCCUUCACCGGCAUAAAUUUGGGUGACUUGACAGGGGUGAACUUCGUUGGUGUUGAUGCUUUCUGUGGUGUGGUUGGCAGUGAUGACAGUUUCUUGACCUGUUCUCUCAACCGAUUGCAUUCUCUGAAGUCGUUAGUCAGCUGCCUCUUCAUGCGUUGCAUGUCACCGACCAUUUUUGACAUUUGGUUGUCGAUAUGAUGGCGUAGAGCUGGGAGCUGCUUCGCAACAGCAACAUGGUUUUUUUCCAGGAAAUUUACCUGAAUCAAUGCCAGUUCUUUACAUGUAUCAUCUUGCAAGUGCUGGAGCUGUUGGGUGAGGGUUAGGGCUUGGCAAUGGCUUGGCUUAUUGAAGGAUGUCAUCUGAAAGUGGAAAUGAUAUUUGAUGGGCAUAAUGUACACAAACAGUAGGCCGCUAUCUUCCUGCAUUUGUGUAUUUUAUUUGGGCGUGCAAACUUCAUUGUAAAGAAAAACAUGAUUCAGGCGUACAUUGUCGCACGUUGACAUCGCACAUGGACAGUGCACAUACAGCGCAUGCAUUAUUGAGGCAUGUACAUUAAUGCAUGUAGGCCCUACCGUACAGUACAUGUCCGUCCAUAAAGAUGAGACUUUGCGACCCGAAAAAGCGGCCGGUGCUUGCUUGUUGGUAUUUCUUCGCAUUAUAAGUGCAUUUCAUGUACGUAUGACUGGUUAAUGAGGAGUCAUUGAUCAUGUUUUGGCCAUGUUUUUACCUUAGUUUGCAAAUAAAUGGAGUUUCGGCUGAGGACGUCAGGAAGAACAAAGAAGCGGUAGGCCUAAUGCUAGCCAAACUACCCGAUCAGAGGAGAGUAAAAUUCUAAUGUGUAAAUUCUUUUUCUCUUGCAGGUGUUUCAUUGGGUGAGGUCAAGUUUUGAGUAAAGUAAAGAUAACCCUCAGAUUUUUACCCUAGGGUAAAGGUAACCCCUAAUAAACUCAAAACUUGACUUCUCUCCGAGGGUAAAGUUUACCUUGAGUUAACCCGGAGUAAACGCUGGUAAGUUGGUAAGUUUUACUCAAAUUAUACCCCAGGGUAAAGUCUACCUGAGCAAAGCAGCCAUCUUUGUUAAAAGUAGAAGGAAAAAUGCAUUAGGGUAAUCUUUACACUAUGGGUGUUAACUCAUAGUUUACUCGGAAAGAAGUCAAGUUUGGGGUAACCAUUUGGAGGCAAGAAAGA